AUGAGUAACAUUGUGACUGAGGGACUGACAGCCGGUGUCUUGGAGGCGAUGGCGUUCCACCCGGCCUUGACCACUUUCCUUCUUUUAUUUGCCCUGGCCUCCGCGUUUUGGUACACCCGAGACUCAUUGGAGGUGGACGCCUUCCACCUCAAGCACGUGCUCAUCACGGGCUGCGAUAGUGGCUUUGGCAACCUGCUGGCCAGGCGGCUGGACGGCCGAGGUUUCCGGGUCAUCGCUGCGUGUCUCACCGAGGAGGGGUCGGCGGAACUGGCUCGCCGGGCCUCCCCCGGUUUAAAGACGCUCCUGCUGGACGUCACAGAUGGAGAGAGCAUCGCCAGGGCGCGGGAGUUUGUGAACAGAGAGGUGGGAGAGCAAGGCCUGUGGGGGUUGGUGAACAACGCGGGUCGGUCCACACCCAUAGGUCCGGCCGAGUGGAUGAGCUUGGAGGAUUUCACCAAGGUUUUGGACGUGAACCUGAUUGGCACAGUCGAUGUGACGCUGCACUUCCUGCCGCUCUUGAAGAAAGCUCGGGGACGGGUUGUCAACGUGGCCAGCAUCAUGGGCCGACUGGCGCUCAUCGGAGGGGGGUACUGUCUUUCCAAAUGGGGCGUGGAGGCCUUUUCUGACAGCCUGAGGAGGGACAUGAAGCACUUUGGUAUCAAAGUGAGCAUCAUCGAACCAGGUUUCUUCAAGACUAAUGUGACGCGGCUGGAUUUAAUCGAAGCUGACCUCAAAAGGCUCUGGACGCGCCUUCCUCAACAAGUUCGAAAAUCCUACGGAGAUUCGUACUUGAAUGACUACUUGAAGGCUCAGGCUUUCUCCAUGAACCUCCUUUGCAGUCCUCACAUCUCCACAGUGACCAACUGCAUGGAGCACGCCUUGAUCGCUCGGUACCCCCGUACGCGUUAUAGCGCGGGCUGGGACGCCAAACUGGUCUGGAUCCCGUUGUCCUACCUUCCCUCUUUUGUGUCCGAUUUAGUCAUCAGCAUUCUUCUGCCUUCACCUGAAUCCACGAGGAAGUAA